AUGCACAUCUCUGACUCUCUGGUAUUCGAUACAGUGAACUGCAGGAACUUCACCGAUGAAAUGCUCAAAGAAUGUGCCAAGCUCUUCAGCGACCAUUAUGGUGUCUGGUCUUCUCAAAUGGGCACCAAAGCGGGAAAACACGUAUCGAUUAGCCCUGCAAGACUAAAAUCCCAAUUAAUUAGCGAUCCUGCCAACACGGUGGUGAGCCGAUGUAAACGAGGUGACGACCUUAUUGGACAAGCGUUUGCUACUGUAUGGGAGUAUAAACCUGGGUGCCAUGCUGCAUGGGUCACACAGCUAGUCGUCCAUAAGAAUUUUAGGAGACGUUACAUUGCGACGCUUCUUCUUCAAAACUUGAAACUGAAUCCGCUGUUCUGCGAUAUAAAUGCGCCAAUAGAUGCCAUCGGUCUUGCAUCUACCCACCCAGCCUCAAUAAACACUCUCGCCAAAUUUUCCUACCUCUCUCCUGGAGAGCUCGACCUUUCUUUCAUUUCUAAAAACGCCAGGGAGAUUAUGAAAGCCUCGCCGGUCCCAUAUAUCAGAGACGCUUCUUCGCAUUUGAAAGGAAGCAUAUUCGAAAAGGACCUGGCUACACGUGGCGUGGUUUCAUCUGCAUUUACCGACUUUUACGUCGACCAUGAGGAGCCAUUGAGCACCUUGAAAUCAUACGUUGACGCAGGAAGGUGGUGUUUGGGAGAUCUUCUCGACGGGCAUGAAUUUCUGAUUAUAGUACCUGUCGCCGAGUCCACCAUAUAG